AAGGUCAAAGAUGGAGUGAGGAUAGUGUUUGAUGAACAAGCCAGAAAAGAGCAUGCAAGCACUUCGUUUACACACCAUCCUCAAGCUAGUCUGCGGUCUUGCUUCAAACAAACACUGCUGUCGCUGGAAUGUCUUGAGGACAAUUCUUGGCUGGCAAAGACGCCACGUGGAUACGUGCAUGCGAAGAAAGAUGUGGCCGCCAAUGCUUACACGAGAGCUCUUUCGCCGGACUUCUGGGGCAAGAUCAAGGUGGUCUCUCAAAACAAAAUCAAACUCUUGAGACCAAUAUGGUGA